UUUAACAAUUAAAUUAGAUAUGAGUAGAAAUAAUAAGAAAUAUAAUUGAAUAUAAUGGUCCAACCUAGACUAUUUGUAAGUAGAUAAAUAUUGCUUCUGUUUUAAUAGUAUUGAUUAAAAUUUGUACUCCGUAUACAAAAAUAAACACCGGAUUUAGGUAACUGGUAUACACCAAACUUUCAUCUUAGACUCAGUUGUGCUCCGCUUGCUUCUGGUUUUUGUCUUGCUGCACAUUAAGGAUCAGUCUCUUCAAAAGUCCAGAGUAACUGUCGUCUUCAAGAAACACCCAUUACUAGACCUUUGUUCUUAAACAAUGUCAGAUUUUCAGUUUCAGCUACUUCUCCAACAGUUGUCCUGAUUUAGUUCUUCAAGUCAAACACCUUGGGCUACAUAUGUAUAUACAACCCUGAUUUUAUGCAUGCUUAGGAACAUGAUUCAUCAUAUCUCACUUGACUUUCUUUAUCUUAUCUUCUUAGAAAAUCUGAUGUUCACUUGCAAUCAUCUAUUAAUUAAUCAAUCAUAAAAGAUACUUCAACAAAUUGGUUUAAAAAAAGAUUGUUUUCAGUUUUGGAGGUUGAAUCUGACUAGGAAUUUUACUUGGAUACGUUUCAUUUCAAUCCAUAGCUCAUGAAUCUCGUGGAUGUAUUUGAUCAAUGAAACUCGUGCGUACUUUUUUUAACUUAAGUGUGAUUAACGCAUACUAUUAUUAUAUGGAAAAGCAAGAUACUAUCUUGUGUUAAGACGACACACUAACAAUUAUCAAAAGUCUCAAAAUGUUAUAGUUACAACAAUUUUUUUUUUUAACUUUGUACGAUAUAUAGCCCGCUAAAGUUACAAGUGUAAUACUUUUUAAUAUUAAACCUCAAAAAUUGCAGCUUGCAAGAAUGUUCAUGUAAAAAACAAAUAAAUUACAAGAACAUUCAUUCGAUCGAGUUGAAUUCUCUACUUGCGAAUAUAUUUCUAUUGAAGUAUGCUAUUCAAUACCAGAAUGAUCUAUAUUCACCUAUCAAAAAGGCUAUUGUUAUUAAGUGGGCAACUAAGAAAGCAACCAUGUUUUCCUACAUAAUUUCGUUCAAACUACAAGAAAUUGACUAAAAAUUCCUUCUGAUUUAAUAUUAAAUAUACCGAGUUCCAAAAAUAUUUUUUGUCACUAGAUUCUUGGAAAGGAGUAUGUCUACAAAAGACAGAUUCAGCUAGCCACUCACUAAAAUCUCAGACUGUAUGCUAUGGACCAUUCAAAGCUUGAUUAUAUCAUUAUAUGUAUUGUUCUCUAAAAGGCUACCAAUAAAACUAAUUAGUACGUGAUUGGUUGCUAACAACAUAAAUAUAUUGAUAGCAAUAAUGGCAUGCCAUAUAGAAAAUAGGACAUGACCAACUCUCUAUCUCUGUUGGCAUUUAAUGUGGUAAUCCAAUAUCACAACCUAACCCGUUUUAACACAUAAAGCAAAGAUUCCAACUUUGUCAAGGUCAUCAGAUUCCAAAGGUGGAGGAGUCUCUUUUCUUAAUUCCAUUUAAUCAAAAAGUUUAUUGUAUAUUCAACAUCUCUCACCCAACGACCCCUUUUUAAUGCUAAUAUAGUGCGGGAUCCUUAGAAACAGACAAGGCCUCCCAAGGUGGAGGAGUUUAUAUAUUAUUCACACCAUUUCAUCUCAUUUAGUUUAUCUUAACGUCCCUUCUACCAUUUACUUUUAUUAUAUCCAUAUCCUACAAAUUGUUGAUUAAUAAUUGAUUCUUAGAGGUUGGACCAUAUUGUUUCAGUUUUAUUUUUAUUUUUUAAUUGAAUUUGGAUCGAUAAAUUUUUCAAGAAAAGACCAAUCAUUGAAAAUAUUUAUGAUAGAUUCACAAACAAAAAUCAAUAUUUUUAGACUCAACGCGGUAUCCAAAACCAAAUAUAGUGAAACAACAACAAUAUCUUUUUUGGGGUGAGUCAAUAAAACUUUCAGGUUAGUACAUUUUAAUACGUCUAUCAUAACUAAUUUCUUUUUGCAACUUUUUCUACAGAGGAGAAGCAAAUAAUCUGAGACAUUUGGGUUCCAUUUCUCUGCAAAGUAAUAUUCCGACAUGAUUCUCACUUGAAAAUAACUGAAGUUUAAUCUUCAUAUUGAGUUUAUAUCUAUGAGGCAGUUGUUUAAUUAAUACGAAUUAGAUGGAUCAUUCUAGACCUGCAAAUAAGACAUGCACAUGUAUUUUUUGAGUUGGAAAAUAUUAUAAAAUAAUUGUAUACUUUAUAAAUAAAAUUUAGUGGAAUUGUUAGUGGGUAGUAGUUGGAUUUGCGUUAGAAUACUUUUUUAUGAUUUUCAUAAUCAAGCUUGAAGAUCUCCUUCUCAUCCAUUGAUGGAUUUGGAUCCUCCAAGAACAAAGAGGUCAAUUAGCUUACUCUAUUGUGUCAUUCUCCAAAAUCCCCACCGUAUCUUUUGCAUAAACCACUUACAAUUUACUAGCAAAAAUAACUACGUGGCAAUUUAAUUAAAGGUGGAAUUUAAGAAUAUUCUCAACAUAUCAAUUAAUUAUGUGUUUGAUUAGGAAUUGUGAUGUGUUAAGAUCAUAUAAAUAUUUAUAUCUGUGAUUAAAGAAAUGAUCAUCAAGCUUUUAUUAUAUUCCGUCGUUUACUGGUAGCAUUCCUAACAUGAACAACUAUUGUGUUUGCAGAUUAGUGACACAAGUAUUAAUUGUUACAUAGUGAGAUUUUGAAGAAGGAAAUAUAUUCAAAAGCUCUAAUUUAUAAUCCAUGUAUUAAUGGAGUGUUAUAAAAUUUUAAGUUAUUGCUACACAUGAAACGUAUAAAUCGCUUCUCAAUAUAUACUAUCUUAUUAAAAUAAAAACAUUAUAUAGAAGUAAUCUUAUCCAUACGUGUGAUUUAGAUUUGUUACUCAAAUUUUAAAUAUUCUUAGACAUUUCAUUAAUACUAAUUUACUAAUUAUUUACAUAUUAAAUUUUUUAAUAGAAUACAUCAUCACACAAUAUUUUUUUUGUCAUUGAAUAAUUUUAUUAGUUAUAAAUAUUUCAUAUUUAGUCAAACAAAAUCUUAUAGAUUUUUAUUUAUUUUUUAGAUAACUAAAUAAAUUUGUAAUUAUUAUUAAAAUAUACCUAAAUAUAAAAUUAAUUUAGUCCUAAAUUUAAAAUAAAAAUAAUUUUUAAAAAAAGAAAAAUCUGAAAAAUAAAUAAAUAUUUAUCAGCAUAAACAUAAAAAUCAAACCGAUUAACAAAUAUAAACAAAAAUAAAAAUUAAAUUAAAUUACAUUCUUUAUAAAAAUCAAUUUCACAUUUUAAAAUCGUGAGUGAAAAUCUAGUAUAUAUACUUCAAAAUCUGCCACUAUUCAUAAUCUAUAUACAUGUUAUCAAUCGGCUAAGUUUUUUUUUCAUUUUCACAACCGAUUCUCGUAGCCGUAUGAAGAAGGGAAACAAGAAUCAAUUUUGUCUCCUGAGAUUUAAGAUUUUUAUUUAGAAAUGCAAAGAAUGCAUCAAGCUUACAAGUUUAUACAUCUUGUAAUAAAAAGAGUAGACAUUGUUGAGAAAGUUUUAUCUUAAUUAUAAGAUCAUUUCUAUAUAAAAAUGAAAGAUAGUGAGAAUGAUAGAUAGGGUCGAGGUCGAGGAGGAAACCAUACUAUGGUAAACUAAUAUUUCAUACGUUUUCAAAAUGAGUAAUAAAUCCUAUAAACGUACGUGAUUGUCUAGUACUUCUUAGGUCCACUAGCAUAAAACCUGCACUUUUAUAUAUAGAGUAUGAUUAGGUAAGAGAUAGAGACUUUGAACAUAUUUUUUGUCACCUCAUAUAGAUUAUAGAAAUGUGUGUGUGUUAAAGAGGAAGGGGACCAUACAUGAAAUGGAAAAAAAGAUUCGGAGAAUAAUACCAUUAGAAAGUUGGACAUCGUAUAGAUAAAUAGUGUUACCCAAAAACAUGGCACUAUCUAUGCAGGGUUUCCACUUUGUAUAUUGCAUUACAGUGGUUUAUAUAUGUAAAAAUUUGGAAGAUUAUAGUUUGUAAACACCCAGUAUCAAAGUAUAAUGUUUGCUCCGUGACUCAUCAUCCUCUAGUCAAUUAGAGUUGGCUAACCAAACAUUUAUUUUAAUCACAUUCUCAUUCCGUUUAUCAUUUGUUUUGGUGCCAAUCAAUUUCCCUUUAUACGUAAUUGAUUUUUUACUUCUUUUGAAGAAAAAAAUUUGUUUAUUGAUCAGAAAUUUAAUUCAAAAUAAAGAAUACAUAGGGUAAUGUUGUCUCCCUUCACCGCAUAUGUCCUGCUAUGUUCCUCCAACACGUAGCACUAUAAAUAGUAACCCCAAACACACUCAAAAUACUCAACUGCUCUCUAUACCAGAAACAGAACCAAAACUAAUAGACAGAGAGAGAGAAAGAAAGAAAAAAUGAUUGAGACGGUUAAGCACCUGAUUGGCUCCGGUGGUCCAAGCGGAUUCGGGUCCAGAUCCACAGCCGAAUAUGUCACUGUUAAUUGUGAUCUCCGAUCUCUAACAGCAAUCAUCACUGGAGCGACGUCGGGGAUAGGAGCGGAGACGGCGCGUGUUCUGGCAAAGCGUGGAGCGAGGCUUGUGAUUCCGGCUAGGAGUCUUAAAACCGCCGAGGAAACAAAGUCACGUAUCCUCUCUGAGUUUCCUGAUGCGGAGAUCAUCGUCAUGCAUCUCGAUCUCAGCUCCCUCGCCUCCGUUCGUCGCUUCGUCGCCGAUUUCGAAUCUCUUCAUCUCCCUCUCAACAUCCUCAUCAACAAUGCGGGAAAAUACGCGCACAAGCACGCCAUCUCUGAGGACGGCGUGGAGAUGACAUUCGCCACUAAUUAUCUCGGCCAUUUUCUGCUCACUAAACUGCUACUAAAGAAUAUGAUCGAAACGGCGGCGCAAACUGGCGUUCAAGGCCGCAUCGUCAACGUUACAUCGGUGAUCCACAGCUGGUUCUCUGGCGAUAUGUUGCAAUAUCUCGCCGAUAUCUCCCGAAACAAUAGAAGCUACGACGCUACCCGUGCGUACGCGCUCUCCAAGCUCGCCAACGUUCUCCACACCAUAGAGCUCUCCCGGAUUCUACAUAAAAUGGAUGCUAAUGUAACGGCAAACUGUGUUCAUCCUGGAAUCGUGAGAACACGUCUAACACGUGACCGAGAAGGUCUCAUCACUGAUUUAGUCUUUUUCUUGACCUCCAAGCUAUUGAAGUCUGUUCCUCAGGCAGCAGCAACGACUUGCUACGUGGCAACUAGCCCCAGAUUGAGGAACGUUUGCGGCAAGUACUUCUCGGACUGCAACGAAGCUCGGACAUCUAAAUUGGGAUCGUGCGGUGUUAAAGCUCAGAGACUAUGGACUGCUUCUGAGUUGCUGGUUUCUCCAGCUUCCUGUACUCCCCAUCUUUACCGAACAUUUAAAUGCUCUUUAACCAAUGCUAUGUGUAAAUCCCAAGCCCUGUAAUAAGAUCUAUAUAUAUGUAGGUUUACUAGGUGUAUACAUAGUAUUAGUUAGAUGUAUCGGCGGAUGUUCCUUUGUUUGUGUACAAGCCUGCGUCUGUAAUAUAUAUGUGGUUUCAUGUAAAUAUAAUAGUAUAUACUUGUAGGGUUUUGUAAAAUCUAGCUAUGUCUUUGUUAUGUGAUUCUUAUCUAUGUACCAUCAAUCUAGCACAAGUAUUAUAUAAACAUUUUGAGAUUUUCUACUCUUGCUUUUCCAAAAUUGUUGAUCUCUUCUGUUUUGACGAUUGCAUGAAGUAUAUAUGUGUUGAGAAUGAAUUAAACCAAGAAAAUUUAUAUUGGUUAAGGGCAGUACAACAACCUACUUGCAUUAGAAAAAAAUCUAUUCUGUCUGGAAAUAAGGAAAAUUCUACCUAAACAAAAAAAUAUAUUUCCAAGAUAAAUUAAUAAAUAUCUUUUAAUAUCAAAUAUGACUAAUAUAAUACUAGUAAUAUUUCAUGAUCUUAAGCGAUAUCACCAUACACUACUGUAAGAACUAAACCCAGCCAUCAAAAUUUUAAUGUGAAUAGAGUAGAUUAGAGUAGGUUGACGAAAAGGAUGGAAAAUGAUCUCUUUGAAUAGAUUUUUAAAAUAAUGUCUUCAAAUUGGACUAAUAUUAUUGUCAAAGAACACAACAAAAAACAAUGCAGUUCGAAGAAAGUAUUUUAAGUCUCAGGUGAGUAAAUCAAAAAGCAUGUACGAAGCUAUGGUCUUGGCUCGUUUUUUAUACUGCUCAAAUCGCACAACUAUUUUGCACAUCUUGGUUGCACGUGAUGUGCCUUCUCCGGAAAUUUUGGCAUGUUAUAUAACCGACUGAUAGCAAGGUGACUGAGUCUUGGUUGUUAUCCGUAGACCUCAGAGUUCGCUAUCUCGAUCUAUAAGGUAUAACCCUUUGGACCGGAAUAGCUGGAUUUCGUCGAUGGAUCAUAUUUUCACUACUAACUUAGCAUGUUUCAAAUGGUUCUUUUAUGAGCUGGAUCUAUAUAUUUAAUCAUACUCCAACAGUUACCCCAGUCCAUUAAGUGAUAUGUGGUAUUCUUUAAUAGACGGACAUACCUGAAGGCGUGACUCUUUGAUCUCGUUCAUCUAAACAUCACUUUCCGCGAUAAUUUUUUUUGAAUAACUCGAAAGUCGAAACCAUCACGAUCAUAACAAUAUCAAUGGCCGAGAUUGAGAGAAUCUCGCUUAUUCCAAUUUUACUGUUCCUCAUUUCUCGGAAAUGAGAGCUUAUAUCCUAGUGAUGACAAGACUAUAAACGUGACUCUUCAGUCUCUCCAUUUAUUCGUGGAGUUCUUUCACGAAAAAAUAUGUAUGAUACUUUAUGUAAGAGCGCUUUUACAUUA